AUGCCACCCACCGCUCCCAUCCCUCACCUCCUCCAGGCUCUCCCAGUGGGUUCCUCUUGGGUUCCUCCUCCUCCCGUCCUCCUCAAGCCCCCCCCCCCUCCUUUCGUAGACUGUGGCGCCAUUCCCUGGCUGAGCCAUUCGGCUGCUACACUAGCUCCAAAGAUCGCCCUCGGUACGUACCGCGAUAACAUCGUGGGCUUUAGAAAAGACUUGCUUCUUCAUUUCAACUGCUGUUACGGAUACAGUACGACCAAUGCUGUUGACCAAAUGGUUCACAGUAAUAUCUCCAUAGCACUUACUUGCAAGUACGGACACGAUUUGGCAUCCACUGACUCCGAUGCUGCUCUCGCCGCUUCCAUUCCAAUCCAGCCGCUAGAAAGGCACGAUUUCCGCAAGCUGCAUUUGCACCGAGUUAGGAAAGCUGUUGCCAUCAACUUCUGCUGUAAAGCCUCACCCGCCUUGCCAUCCAUCGAAUUUCAACACACCUCUUUCUCUGCCACAGCCCGUACCUUUCUUUACCAGCGCGUCUUUCCUAUGGACUAUGGACUACUAUGUACGGUGUACGGAGUACUUCGUACCUAUCCGAGCACGCGCCUCCUGAAGUGCUCAUCCCAUGUGCCCCCAAACCCGCCAACAUCAAGAUCUGAUCCAGUUACCGCCUUAUCCCAACAACAUCUCGUCAUUAAUUGGGAAUCACAAUUCUACCAAGCAAAUCAACAACUGCACGUAAUGUGCACUAAUAGUCAGUCCCCAAUCAUCUGGCGACAAGAAUUCCCAAGCUCGGGUCCCCUGGUGUCCAACUCUUGCUGCUUGGCUCCGUUGCUGGUUGCACCAAUGAAGCAUGGAGGGGCUGCACAGGGGAGGGAGGGAGUGGGGCCUCCAGGGGCGGCUUGUCGUCCACUCCGUAUACCAGUCGCCAAAAAUAACAUCUCGCACCGAGGAGAGAACCCUGCUAGACCGGCCUCUCCUGCAAAUCACCAUCUGGCAACUUUUCCAUGCCACCGCCCAUCUCGCCGCCCCAGCUUGACCCAGAUCUUCUCGAAUCGGUCGCGAGUCCACCCAGCCGAGGCAAACCCUGAAGUUUUGAGCCAAGCCCGGACACGUCGAGCGCGCCUGUUUAGUAUCAUACAGCCGCUCGUUGCGCGCUAUCCAGAUCUUUCUGAUAUCGAUUUCGUGCUACGCAUAAUCCACGUUCCACGGUCCCUGGAAUCAGCAAAUAGGCCGAAUGGAAGACCGGUACGGCCCACACAGAAACCAUGCAUCGCACAACUGUAUGAGGCACCUCGCCAUGGCUUCAGUGUUGCUCAAUCCGAAGAAAAGCGAACGCCGUACCCACCAAGCCAGAUUCAAACAAAGUCCAACACCUCAUGCGUGGAUGCGUUCAUAUCAGACGGCCGCCGGGGUACUCGAGACGUCGCCUGCAGAGCAUGCCCCGGUUGCAGUCGCUCAUCUCCAGUCUUACGGCAAUCUUCCCCUCGAAAACAUAGGUGGUCUCAGCUAGAGCCCCGCCAUCCGCUUGCAGCAGCUUCAACAGCCUCCUUUGCACGGCAUGGCGGAUUCGUCGAAUCACAAAUUCAGGACCAGACCUUCGAUCCUCCCGGGCUUACAAUGUGCGACCUCAUUCCCCACCCGUUUUCUUCUCGUCAGACAGGAUUCUUCGCUUACACCAAGCCAUGGUACACCCCCCGUUCCUUUCUCCCCAGCCCUACGCUUACUCGGGGGCCUGCUGUAGAUAUGAAGGCCCGUGUCGAACUCGACAUUGGUGACUGGCCUAACACGGCAUCCUCGCCGUGCGCCGAGCAGUUCAAUAAGAUGGCACUCUGGCACGUGGCGCCGCCGCGCCGGACCACACCCCGUACCCAGCCCCCCAGCUCAGUCGAGGCUGUGCAAUUAUCAAUAGCUUCAAAAAUGGAGCCUCACAGCUACGGGCUACCCUAG